AUGGCUGCCGUGACCGCGGCGGCCGUCUCUCUGUCCUCCUCGUCCUCCCCAGCUGCUGCUGCCAAGGCCAAGGCGGCGUCCCCGUCGUCGCCAUGCAGCCACCUCCAGUUCCUAUCCUUGUACCCGCAGCGGCGGCGGCACGGCGCCCGCGCGGUGCGAGUGCAGGUGUCCAGCACCGAGACCGCGGAGGCGGAGGCGGUGAAGAAGGAGAAGGUGUCCAAGAAGCAGGACGAGGGCGUGGUCACCAACAAGUACAGGCCCAAGGAGCCGUACAACGGGAGGUGCCUGUCCAACACUAGGAUUACCGGCGACGAUGCGCCCGGGGAGACGUGGCACAUGGUCUUCAGCACCGAAGGCGAGGUCCCCUACAGAGAGGGGCAGUCCAUCGGCAUCAUCGCUGACGGCGAGGACAAGAACGGCAAGCCGCACAAGCUCAGGCUCUACUCCAUCGCCAGCAGCGCCCUCGGAGAUUUCGGCGACUCCAAGACGGUGUCGCUGUGCGUGAAGAGGCUAGUCUACACCAACGAUCAAGGGGAGAUCGUCAAAGGAGUCUGCUCAAACUUCCUCUGUGACCUGAAGCCAGGCGCUGAGGUGAAGAUCACAGGGCCAGUGGGCAAGGAGAUGCUCAUGCCCAAAGACCCCAAUGCAACAAUCAUCAUGUGCAACCAGUUCAUCAUAUAUGCAUGUUCCUCACACUGCUCGCAACGGGUACCGGUAUUUGCUCCGUUCCGCUCCUUCUUGUGGAAGAUGUUCUUCGAGGAGCACGAGGACUACAAGUACACCGGCCUUGCGUGGCUGUUCCUGGGAGUCCCGACGAGCGACACCCUGCUGUACAAGGAGGAGCUGGAGAAGAUGAAGGAGAUGGCGCCGGAAAACUUCCGGCUGGACUUCGCGGUGAGCCGGGAGCAGACGAACGCGGCGGGGGAGAAGAUGUACAUCCAGACGCGGAUGGCGGAGUACAAGGAGGAGCUGUGGGAGCUGCUCAAGAAGGACAACACCUACGUCUACAUGUGCGGGCUCAAGGGCAUGGAGAAGGGCAUCGACGACAUCAUGGUCGACCUAGCAGCCAAGGACGGGAUCGACUGGAUGGAGUACAAGAAGCAGCUCAAGAAGGGCGAGCAAUGGAACGUCGAAGUCUACUGA